GGUUCGGCUUCGGCGCGCGGCUCGAGAGGCAGUGCGAGCUGGGCCGACCGGCAGCCGAGACGCCGACUGCGCUAGCAGCCGACCUUCCUCCGCGCCGAGCUCGUCGUUCUCCCCGCAGCCGCUCGGUCGGCGCGCCGCGCAAUGUGAGCAGUGCCAGUGCCGAGCCACCGCGCGAGGCCAGCGCGGACGACGCACGUCGGACAGCUCGCCGGACAGCCCGCCGGCGACGAGGCGGCGCAGGUAGAUGAUGCGCCGAGCCGAGGCGGGCUCCAGAGGAGAGCGGCGGCAGCAAUGAUGAUGACGAUGGAGGAGGAGCAGGAGGCGAGCUCGCGACAGCAGCAGCAGCAGCAGCAGCAGCAGCAGCAGCACGCUCAGUCCUCCAGGUGCUUGUUGCUGCUGCAGCAGAGCCUGGCGAUUCAGCUGAGCCGCGGGCCGCCGCCGCAGAUUCACGGCUCGGGUGUGCCGCCGCCGCCGUCCGCCACCAGGGACCACGAGUGCCAAUUCGCCGCGGCCGAGCACCCCGCCGACGAGAUGUGGAUGUACGACAAGGGAUACAACCUGUUUCAGGCCUUUCUGGAAGCAAACUCGCGGUGCUGGUGGAACGCCGCCUUGGUGGAGGCCACGCGGCAGCUGCGCUACAGAGGCCACUGCGCCCCGGGCGUGCUGAUGGUCGGCGGGCCAGCCUGCGCUCUCGAGGUCUUGAGAGCCGCCUGGGCUCGCAACGUCCUGCGACCACCCGCCGACCACCUCAUCACGUCGCUCGGUGACAUCGAGGACUGCCUGGUGGCGCCGGUCGCCCAGGGCCAGUUCACCCCGCUGCCGGAGGCGCUGUGCUGGGCGAUCCUGGAGUUGACCUCGCAGCGCCAGGCGGCCACCCUGGACACGCUGCGCUCGGCCCUGCGGCUGGGCUUCCCGCAGAUGCAGCGGCCCUCGCGCGACAUGGUCUACGACGCGCUGGCCAAGCUCAUGCAGGAGCGCAAGAUCUACCACACGGCGCAGGGCUACUUCGUGGUGAGCCCGGAGGCCCGGCGGCUGCGCCGCCACGACUCCUGCCCGGCCGCGGGCGCGACGCUGCUGCCGGCGGCGGGGCGGCGCGCGCGCCAGCAGCCGCAGGCGGGCAUGCUGAUGAGCAGCGACGAGGCCGUCACGCUGGUGCACGGCGAGAUGCUGACCGUGCGCGACGGCUCGGUCACGCACCAGGCCGUGCAGACCAACCUGGCCGACGUGAUCUGCGGCGGCAACCCGAACGACAAGGUGCUGUUCGCGCGCUGCCGCUCGGUGCCGGCGCGCCUCGAGCGCCGCCACUCGCUGCGGCUCUGGGCCUCGGCGCGCCGGCUCAGCCGCAGCGGCAGCUCGCGCUCGCUGCCGCGCCGGCCCGAGCGCAGCGACACCUCGUCCAGCGCCGAGUACGCCAGCACGGACAGCGCGCCCCACAGCCCCACCACUCUGACCGGCUUGCUUGCAGAGAAAGUGGGCCUGCUGUCGCGGCUCUUCCGGCGCGGCUCGCGACGCGCCAGCAGCAGCAGCAGCGGCGGCGGCGGCGGCAAGCCGGGGGGCCCGCUGGUGGGCACCUUCAGCGCGCAAUACCCGCCGACGGAGUGGUUCAACCCGCGGGUGGUGCACCUGCACAGCGUGGCCACGCAGACCAGGGCGGCCAGCCCAUCGACGGCGGCGGAGGAGGCGCUGCGCGACGGCGCCGGCUCGCAGGCCAGCUUCCGCGCGUGGGACGACUGCGAGGGCUCGGUGCGCUCGGCGACGCUGCCGCGGCGCCACCACCACCACCACCACCGCCGCCAGCCCUCGGUCGACUCGACCAGCCUGCUGGCCAACUCGACGCCGCGCAGCUCGCGCCGCCACCGCUCGCCCUGCUCCACGCUGCCACGCUCCAGCAGCCGCUGCACCUCGCGCGCCGCCAACGCCAAGACCAACUCGAGCAACUCCUCGCCCAGCCGCAGCGGCGGCAGCUCGGGCUCGGUGCGCCCGGCGGCCGCUUCGGCCGCGGCCGCUCUGCCGCCGCCCACGGGGGCGCCCUCGCCCGCCGCCGGCGGCCCGGGCAGGCUACACUCGUCCCGGCACUCCUCCCGGCACGCGUCCUGCAACGGCUCGUCGCCGCAACACAAGCUGCUGCACAAGUCCUCCUCCUCGUCGUGCUCCUCGUCCUCGUCGCCGCUGAAGCUGAUCCAGCAGCAGAUGGCGCCGCUGCAGGAGGCCGCGCAGAACUCCAUCACGCUGCAGGUGUCGACCAACCUGAGCCCGUCGCAGGAGCAGCGCGCCCCGAGCAGCCUGCAGAGCGUGCAGAGCAGCGUCACCCUGGCCUCCAACGCCUCCAGCACCACCACCAUCUCCGGCUCGCCCGGCACCAAGAUUUACGUCCACCAGAAUAACUCGCCCAUGCGCUCGGUCAUCACCUUCGAGAACAGCGGCCAGGCCAAGGAGCGCGAGCGCGACAGGGACAGGGACAGAGAGCGGCCGAAGGCCAAGGCCAAGGAGGAGCUCGUCGCCGAGCGGGAGGGCGAAGCGGAGGCGCGCGAGGUGCCGAACAGGCGGUCCGAGUGGCCCGAGCGGUCCGAGCGGUCCGAGCGGUCCGAGCGGCCCGAGCGGCCCGAGCGGCCCGAGCGGCCCGAGCGGCCCGAGCGGCCCUCCUCGCUCUACGCCAAGUCCGAGUCGGACAAGGAGAACCAGGCGGAGGCGCAGGAAACGACGCCGCUGGCCGCGGGCCGCCUCAAGCUCACCAACAACCGGCUGAACAACGGCCAGGCGCAGCCGCUGCCGCUCGACUCGGCUUGCCACGAGCCCGCGGCCAUGAACAACGCGCGCAAGCUCUCGCUGUCGCUGUCCAAGGACGCGCUGAGCUACCGCAACCUGCUGCGCCAGCCGCCGGCCCAGGCGCAGGCCCAGCCGGCGCCGGCCGCCUGCAAGAACAACCAGUCGCACCCGCCCUCGCCCACCAAGCCGCUUCAGGCCCUCGGCGGCUCCUUCAACAGCGUCUACAUCGACAACCUGGACAAGCAGCAGCAGCCGGCCCCGGGCUCGGAGUCCGGCCUCGACAAGGGCGCCGGCGGCGCCGAGCGCCUCUACUCCUACCCUAGUCUCAGCGACAUGCAGGUGCAGUUCACCAGCCUGGCCGCUCAGAAGAUCCUCAAGGGCUGCCCGCUCAACAGCGUCGACACGCUGGUCGAGGUGAACAUGGCCGCCGCCACCGACAAGCCCAACAACUGCGACCUCACCGUCCACACCGACUUCGGGCUCGUCUAGCGCCGGGCCCGCCUCGCCCACUCGCCCGCAGUGGCCUUACCGUAGAACGCGAGUGACGCUCUCCCGCUUGCCGACUGUUCGGCGGUCCGGAUUGCAGUCGGGCUCGCGCCUGGAGAUGGACGGCGCGCGCUCGGCCACGUCUCCGAGCGUACACCACUAGUGCAAUUUUCUCAUGCAUAUGUACACUCGCGCAAUGUAUUUUCCAAGUGCCAAAACCGUGUAGACAAUGUACGUAUACUUAAUCGAUCGCCUUAAGCGUCUCGCGGGCUCGUCGGAUUCGAGCUUCGAGCGGCGAACGCCCGCUCGCCACCCAAGCGCCCCCCCCCCCCUUCCCUCGUCCUCGAUCAUUAUUCAAACCUAACGCUAUCUAGCCGUAACUCAGCAUCAAAUCAACUGCAAAUGCAGAGCCAAGCGCGCACCUCCAAUAUAUUUGACUACGCGAGGCAUGGACUGGACAAUGUCAUUCGAUUUUUACAGAGUAGAUGGUAAGCAAGUGAGAUAUACCUCGCUGAUUAUUUUUACUAGAUCGACCCCGGCAAAACGCCCGUUUCGCCGGCCAAAUAUUAGACGACAGCUAGCAUUGCUGCAAUCGAAUUUUUAUACCGAGCCGAAUACUGCCUUUUCGUAGUGGAAAAUUUCCAAGUCCAAAGAGUUUUCGCGUUUAAGAUGGAAAAAUUACGAACAAACGGAGACUCGCCUGAAUCAUUCGAGAGCCUAGUCCUACCGAACAAGCGCAAACAACCGUGAGCUUUCUACAUUUGCGUUGCGCGCAACAGCAACCAUUAACCACGAAUACGAGUCGCAGGCGCGCAGCAUUCUUUUCUUUUCGUCAGAACUAACUUGUAGAUUACAAAAUCGUAUGGUGUUACUGUCUUACAGUUGUAACCACGAAAGCGUAAUAAUAAAAAGCAACAAUUAUAUAUCAGAUAUUUUCACGCUUUUCA